UUCUCAAAAUCUCAUGUUUCUUAUUCACGGAUAUUUGUUUUGAAUUGGUAAAUCAGGUAAAUAAAGAUGGCCUCUUCGAGAUACGGUUCUAAGAAAAAUGAGGUGUUUACCAAAAGAAUUCCUGAAAAUCCAAAAUAUAAAAAUGUAACUACAACUCUUGAUACAGGGGCAAGUGUUAGUAACUAUAUGAAAAAAAUUGAAGAAAUACGCAAAAACUAUAGAUUUCGCAAAGAUGAAAUUUUCAAACGUAUGAAGGUUUCAACCUUUGCUCAACUGAUUCUUCAAGUUGCAGAAGUUGUUAAUCUUGAGCUAGAAAGACAAAUUCUUGAAAAUCAAGAGAAUGAAGAAAAUGUUCCAUGUUUGAUGAGAGGUAAUGAAAACGUAGAAAAUGAAGAAUUAGCAAUUGAUACUCAUCGUUCAACUUUACACAAUGUUGUUCGUGGAAUAGGCGAAGUUGAACUACAUGCAAAAAAUUGCAACGCUGUUCUUAAUGCAAUUUCUCCUCAAGAAAAUGUUAAGGAAAAAAAUGUAGUUAACUAUGAUCCAACAGCACCAGAUCCUUCAUGUUUACCAUUUCUUUUGUUGGAUAUUCGAGAUGAAGACUCGUAUAAUGCUUGUCACAUUAUAGGAGCAUUAAAUUACCCAUCAACUAUGCUCACUCGCUCAGUCAAUUAUUUAACUAAAGACUUAUUUAACUUUAAAAAUAAACCUGGAAAGAUUGUUAUAGUUUAUGAUGAUGAUGAGAAAUUGGCUCCAAAUGUAGCAACUGUUCUUGUACAGAGAGAAAUGGACAAUGUUAUAAUGCUUUCUGGUGGAAUGAAGGUUCUCAACAAAAAGUUUCCUGGAUGUUUUAUGACUGGUACCCUUCCAUCAACUUGUUUUUCUCCAGUAACUGAUCGAAAGGGAAAGCCUAAACCAUCUCCUUCUCGUAAAGAAAAUAUUGGAGUGAAUUGGUAUACCUCUGAUUUACUUCAGCAAAUUCAAGAUAAGCUGGAUAAUGUUUUGGUUGAAAAUGAAUCAAGUCGCAAUUCUUCACGCACCACGCUAUCGUCUUCAAGAGUAAGCGACCGAAACGGCACAACAGGUUCAGUUACAAGUUCGACGUCAAACACAAAUAGAUCUAAUCAGGCACCACCAACUCAAAAGUCGUGGAGAUGAUAUCAAACAAUAAGGGAAAUAUUUUUAUUAGCAAUUUUUUUUCUCUACCAAUUUAUUGUAGUGAAAAACUUAAUACAUUUUUUUACGUUAUUUUGGGUACAGCAGAACGUUAUUUUGGAUACAGCAGAACGUGUUCUAAUAUAAAAUAUUCUAAUAAAAAUUGUUUCCGAAGAGCAACUAAAAUUUUUAAUUUUUUUUUUUUAUUAUUACUUUUCCUUUUGUUUGUUUGUUUAUUGAUUUUUUUUACUAUAAAAAUAUAGUUUGCUAUCACAUCCAGAAUUUGUAGAAUUUAUCAGACAUUUUUAAUGUUGUGAGAAUUUAAUUUUUG